GUACCUGUUCAUAUCCACAUCCUUUUCUCUUUCCAGGAUAAGGACUCUAAGAUAGAUUUCCUCCAGAAAGCGAUAGAUGUCGUGAUGCUGGUGAGCGGAGAGCCCCUGGCGGCAAAGCCAGCGCGCAUCGUGGCCGGCCACGAGCCCGAGAAAACCAAUGAGUUCCUGCAGGCCUUAGCCAAGUGCUGCACCAACAAGUUGUCCAGUGACGAUGCAGUGAAACGAGUGCUUGCAGGAGAAAAGGUGGACAUAAAGACCAAAGCCGGCACCUCCAGGUCCCAGGACAAGGAGAACAGGGAGGGACGGGAACGCCAUCCAGACAGAGAGGAGAAGAAAACGAUCACAGAGCGCAGCGGGAGCCGAGAGCAGAAGGACCCGGACCAGCCCAAAGAGCAGGAGAGACGCAGGGACGGGGACAGGGAGCGCUCCGACAAACACCAACGCACUGAGCAGGACCAACACGCCAAGGACAAGAGCCGGGACCGGGAGAGAGACAAGGAGAAAGACAAAGGACGAGUCAAAGAAAGGGACAGGGACAAGGAGAAGGAAAGGGAUAAGGACAGGGAGAGGGACAGAGAAAGAGGGAAAGACAAGGAGAGAGACAAAGGCCGAGAAAAGGCGAGAGACAGGGAUUCACACGGGGACCGGGAACGAGACAAGGAGAAGCGAAGAGACAGAGACAAAGAGCGGGAAGAGAGAAACAGAAGCGGAGAGAGCGGCAACAGCAAGGCCAGAGUAUCAGAGGAGCCACAGCAGAAACCCGUCCCUGAGCCCAGCAAAGCAGCCAAACCUGUGCCACUGGACCCCGAACCAGUUGACGAGCCUGCAGAAGCAGUUGAGAACCAGUCUGGCAGUCCAGCUAGAAUACCUCGGCCUUCAUCUGCCAAAGGGCAGAGGAGGAGACCCAAAAUUGGAGGUCAAGAUGAAUCUGACAGUGAAGGAGAUGGAGAGGCUCUGUUAGUCCAGAGAACUGCCCCCCUUGAAAAUGGAGACACUACAGUUCCAUCAGACGUGGCCUCCAGGAGAAUACCUCGGCCCAGCAGCGCCCGCCCCGCCCCGCCCCGAGUCAAGAAACAGGAGAGUUACUCUGAAGUGAACCCAGCUGAGAGGCUGUCCAGUGCCAAGCCCUCAGCGCCCGUCAUCCUGGAUGGGAAGAGGGAGUCUGAGGAUGAGGAGGAUGAAGAUGAGCAAUUUCUCGUGGAGGAGGCGAUCCCCCCGCCUCCAGAUGCUUCUGAUAUGGACGUGAGGUCUGCACAAGAACUCGACAGUGAAGACAAACAUGGUGGCCUUGUGAAAAAGAUCCUUGAGACCAAAAAAGACUAUGAAGUGUCCCCAUCCUCCCCCAAAGCUAAAGAACAGAACGUGGUGUCUGAAGCAGCGCGGAAGAAAGAGCGGGACAUCGUGUCGCGUGAGAUCGAGCGGCUGCGCACCUCCAUCCAGACGGUGUGCCGCAGCACUCUGCCUCUGGGGAAGAUCAUGGACUACAUACAGGAGGACAUGGACGCCAUGCAGGCCGAGCUGCACACCUGGAGGCGGGAGAACAAAGAGCACGCACAGGCCCUGAAGCAGGAGCAGAGAGCGACAGACAGAGCUGUGGAGCCCCUUAAGUCAGAACUAGUAGAGCUGGAUCAGCUGAUCAGAGAGCAGCAGGACAAGAUCUGUGCUGUGAGAUCCAACAUACUGAAGAAUGAAGAUAAGAUUCAGAAGAUGGUGACUGGAAUCAACUUCUCCUCCAGAGCCUGAAGUGAGAAACAAGGUCCACUGAGUAUAAGCUCUCCUAAAAACGCACUGAAGAUUAGGGACCAGCAGUGUCUCAUUCAGAAUAAUGGUAAGACCAUUUUUCUCAGAGACGAUGUGGGAUGGGACCAAACACUGCACUUUUAAAGUUUUGUCAGAGAUGGACCAGAGAAAAUCAGACACCAUAUGUCAGAUAAUAAAAGCUACAUAUGAUGGCAUGGUGAUCUGACUAUCCUCACACGUGCGGUGACAGAUCAAAUAAUAAAAUAUUUUCCUGCUUUGCACUCACACAACCAUAUCAGUUACGCCUUUUUUGUUAUGGUGCCUUUGUGGAAUGAACCAGUGCACAGUUGUUAUUCAAAGGUUUUACUUCACAACAGCUACAGUGUAGUUCCCAGGCUCCUCCAACAGGGCAACAUACGGUACAUUAUACUUAAGACAUAUGAAGAAAGAAACAAGAAAUAGGGCAAGAAAAUACUGCAGAUGACUUGGAAUGACAAGGAAAUUAGACCAAAUAAAUGUAAUAAUGCUGGGUGAGUUCAUCAAAUGCCCUAUAUACCCCCCAAAAAUGAAUGAACAAAUAACAUGAAAGUUUGCUGGACACUUAGCAGUCUCUGGACCUAAUAAAAAUAAACCCUAUAUUCUUGUUUUUAUUUAUUAACCAAGCAUACAAUUGGGACUUAGCCACUGCUAUACAAAAGAGAGACAGUGUAAUUUAAAGAUUAAUUCCGGGUUAUGAGCUCUUUCAUUUGUUAUUUUCCACGAUCCCUAGUAUUCUCGUGUCACCCUUCUUUUACUUCUAAACGUUUUGCUUCAAGCGUCCUCCCUGAAGCUACCCUUGCUAAAACAAAGAUUGUAUCUUCAAGUGCACCUUCAAGUCGCUUAGUGUUAAGAGUUCUUAUUUCUUUCACUUUUACUUAUAUUAUUACACACCGACACACUCAUUUAAUGUACUUCCAGGAGACAGUAAGAAUACAUACAUUCUCAAAUAGGAAAGCCGCCAUCAUGGAGGUCCCUCAGUCGUAUUUGUACUGUAGGAUUUGCCAAACUGUUUCUUUUUUUUGAUGGAGACAGUGUUUGGUCAGAUCACAACCUUUUGUGUGAACGUACAACUCUUUAUAAAAAUAAUAAUAAUAUUUUACUAGCUGCUUUUGUGACUUUAAGAAACAUGCUUUACAUAUGUAGCUAAAUAAAAAAACAAGCAAUACUAGGCUAAAUAUUGCAGUAGGUCAGAUGGUAAGAAACCACUGUCCCAGUUAUUUUUUAAUUAAAAUUCCAACAUCGAUAGCAGAUUAGUCAGCCAUGAUUUCUUCCAAACUGGCAUACCUCACUUCCAAUACAAAUGCAGUAACUUAUUAAAGUAAUAGCACCAAUAUGAUUGUACAUUGCUGUUAUUACUUGCACAAGUGCAGCUCUGUAAGAUUUACUGCAUAUUUAGUGUUUACACACAAAAAAAACAUUAUGAAUGUAAUCUUUUAUUUUUAAUAAUGUUUUUUAUAAUGAACUCUCUUUUCUGUACAAAGCUCAAACAUCUUCCCAAACUCUGGUUUCCACUUCCAGCAUAACAAUGGAUUACCAAUAGGAUAGAUGGCAAAUCUGAAAAAAAUUAAACUGCAUUGUUUCUGUGUGUUGCUAUUAAUUUAACUAAUCUUAUAUUAGUUAUUCACUAGGAUAAUUCCAAAGUUAAAAUCUACCUUCAUUUAGUCUGAUUGUAUUCUGUUUUCAUAUCAGUAUUUAUUUAGUCAAUAAUAUACUGUACCAACAGAAGGCCCUUUGAGGCAAGUGAGAACCAAAUAGUCCAAUCCAUUUUUCAAUCAUUUUUAGGACUGAAAAGUAGUUUUAAAAAGCUGUCAACGUUAAUUUUUUAUCUGUGCAAACAGUUGGGAUCAACAAGUGUUUGUUUUUGUAAUAACAAGGUACAUUUACCUUACAGAAUUGCUACCUAAGAAAACAACAUGACUAAUAUAUCAUCAUUUGCUUACACACAAUUGUUUCUAGAGUGCCGACAGAAAUUUGAACUUUUAGAAAAAUAAUCCUGACAAAAAAGUAAUCAGCUACCUAUUUUUCCACCCACCUCUUCCACAGAAGAAGAAAGCCACCUGAGGUUAUUUUUUAGGGACUUGGAGAAUAGAGCUAUUUAAAUCGUACUCAAAAUAUUGUCAACCAGAAUUUUUCGUUUGUCACUUGCCUUUCAGGGCCUCCAUACAUCAAAAGUCAAAUAUAAAGAUAUCACAAAGUUGUUGAAAAGUCAAAACCUGCGUGUCUAUAUGUCUUGUAUUAAAAGACAAUGUAGACUGUAAGUACUUGUAUCAUAUCCUCUGUUUCUCUUAAUAACUGUACAUUAUGUAUAUGUGGAGAUUGUAUCAUAGUUCAAAAUAUUAUAUAAUUUUGUAGUGGAGUGAAAUAAAUGGUUACAUUGCAAUAAA